AUGGAUGCCGAAAUUCCUCCCAAAUUGUUGUGCCUGUCGCUCCAAAAGAUAAGUUACGGUUUAGGACACAUUUUCAACGACUUGUGCGCUGCUAUGUGGUUCAGUUACACGUUGUUUUACCUGCAAGUUGUUCUAAACAUGGGCGCAGCGACUGCUGGCUUACUGCUGAUGAUAGGCUACAAAAACAACAUGUACUUCCACUCGAUGCCUCAAUUAGAUUCUUGUAAACUAUUUUUAGGUCAAGUAGUAGACUCGUUAGCGACGCCUUUGGUAGGUUUUUGCAUAGAUUACGUCCAGCAUCGGCGUUUAUGGCAUCUUACGGGUACAUUCGCUGUGGCUUUGGGAUUUUACUUGAUAUUUUCCUUAAAACCAAGCUCUUUCGAUGUAUCCACCAUUGUGUAUUACAUUUCCACUAUAUCGCUUUUUCAAAUCGGAUGGGCUACAGUUCAAAUAUCCCAUCUUUCGAUUAUACCAGAAAUUUCAAUAAGCCACAAACACAGCUCUGAUUUGACUGCUAUCAGGUACAUAGCAUCAGUAUGCUGCAAUAUAUGCGUGUAUUUGGUAACUUUAGCAGUGUUGAAAAGCGAUGGAACCAACGAAGAUAUCGGUCCCGGUGAUUUUUACAAAUUCAAAGCAAUAGCGCUUAUAAUAAUGUUCAUCGGCUUGAUGGCGUCGAUGCUCUUUUACUGUGGGCUACUGGCCAAAUACGAAGACCAGCCGGAGAUGGAGCCUUUGCUAAAUAACGGAGAGAUAAAAGACUUAAAUAAGCAAAACAGCAGGCACUUUCUGCGGUUCUCUUUGACUUAUUGCGUAUCGAUUAUGUAUAUGUGUUCGAGGUUAUUCACCACCCUUAACUUGAUUUAUAUACCGCUUUACAUCGACGAAAGAGGGCAAUUGAAUAACAUCGAGAAAGAUAGUCUGCGCCAAACUAUCGCUAGCAUACCUUUAACUUCCUACAUAGCAUCAUUUCUUACAUCUAUUUUACUGAAAUUUCGCAUAGGCUUCGUAACCGAUCAGAUGACUUACUUGAUAGGCUCCAUAGUUGGGAUUGUUGCUUCGAUUUGGAUUGGCGCUGGAAUUUCUUCUCGAACCGAUAGCGAGUUAUACACCAUCGCUGCUUUAUUAGGAAUAACCGGUUCGACAACCAUGGUUUCCAGUUUGUGCCUCACUGCAAGUUUCGUUAAAAUCAACAGCUUGGGCGGAGCUCAAGUUUACAGCAUUGUAACUUUUACAGAUAAAUUGAUAUCCGGCUCGAUUGUGCUAGUUGUCCAGCAUAUGCAGUGCACACCGAAAGAUUCGUGCCCGUACUUCUACAAAAACGUAAUGAGUUAUAUUUCUGCAUCGGUUUCAGUUAUAGCGAUGUCUGCUUUAAUAUUUCUGCACAUUCAAACUAAACAUAGUAAAAAAACUAUGGUGAUUUCGUAA